AAGUGAAGUUAUAUUAAAGUUGUUCUACACUGAUACAAAAUAGCACUUGAUUUUGAUAGGACACUCUUGUGGGUUAGUAUUUCUGCUAAAAACAGUUUUAAAAUUAGAUUUUUAAUGAAAAAUGUUACUUUCGUACCCGCUUUCCCCUAAUUAGCCUGUGUGUUACAUUAUUAGGCCUAUUUUACAUAGGCUAAUAUUUUUUCGUAAUGAAAACUACUAUUUGUAAAUAAUCAACCAGCACUGACAGCAAAAUUGUGCAUUACAUACACCAGUCCACAAGGUGACGUGUUUCUCAAACUAAUCAACAGAUUGGGCGAAGUUACCGACGGCUGUUUCUAAUCCCGAGAACACGUUCAGUGCGCUCUGUUGCGGCUCAUUUGACAACACCGAGUUAUUCCGUCCACGAAAGUACAUUUGAACGUCUCAGACACCCUUACAAACUUUACACAAACCCACCAAAAGAGGGUGUAAUGUAAUAAAGACACCAACUACACAUAAAACAGCCGGUGUGGCGAACUCCACACUUGCGCUUCAUUGUCUCCGUUCAUCCCUACAGCAAAGAGAAAGAGUCCCGUCCCUUGAACACAGUGGGCGUGGUGUAUGUGCGAGUGAGUGGGAAAACAAACAGCAGACAACCAACACUUCCUACAUCUUCAGCAACUCGAGCGUUCGUGCCCGCAGUGUUUACACAGAGACCCGCAGCGCGCACAGGACGCGUCCCAUCACCAGUAAAUGAAGCUCCGCAUCCACGGCACUGCCCCGCGCGCGCUCAACAUACAUGGACCCGCAGCAUCUGAGGACUUCAGACUGAUCUGCUGCUGUUGAUUGUGUUUUUUGCUUUCUGUAAAAUGAGCGGAGGAGAAAUCAUCUGUCAGGGAUGGUUGAGAAAGUCGCCGCCCGAGAAGAAGCUGCGGAGAUAUGCAUGGAAGAAGCGAUGGUUUAUCCUGCGCAGCGGCCGCAUGAGCGGAGACCCGGAUGUGUUGGAGUAUUACAAGAGCGAUCAUGCCAAAAAGCCCAUCCGCAUCAUUGACCUGCACUGCUGCGAGCAGGUGGACGCAGGCCUCACCUUCAAGCGCAAGGAGUUUCAGGACAGCUUUGUCUUUGACAUCAAGACAGCAGAGAGGACCUUCUACCUGGUUGCUGAAACUGAGGAGGAGAUGAACCGCUGGGUUCGCUCCAUCUGCCAGCUGUGCGGAUUCAACCAGUCGGAGGAGAACCAUCACGAUGAGCGAUCAUCCAGCAUUUCCCGCUCCUUGACUAAUGAGCUGAGCAGCUCUCUGGCUCCACUGAUUGGUGAACGCAAAACGUCUGUGCCUGCCCACUCCAGUCAGCCAAUGCUGUUCACCUUCGACAUACCUGUACGCCAUUCCCAUGGUCCCCUGUCUAACAGCGCUCCGCAGGACUACCUCUUCCUCCAUCAAUGCAUGAGCCGCAAGAGUGAGAGUGCACGGAGUGCCAGUUUCUCGCAGGCCUCACGCAGCAGUCUUCUGGUGGGAAGUGACUCGGCGGUUCAGAGACUCACUCAUGGUUUCUCCCACUGUUUAAAUGGCAUGGGUGCCCAGCUUCACGGCUUUUACAGCCUCCCCAAACCCGGCAAGCAUCAGCAGCCCCCCUCGCGGACCGACUCACAGGAAGCCUGCUACGUUCUGCCCAGGAACUACAGCUCUGAAGGGGCAUCUGAGCUUGAUUCGGAAGACGUGUACACCUUUAAGACCCCCAAUAACACUCUAGCGGCGCCCCAAACCAAUGAGCAACGAGCUCUCGAUAACUAUGAUUUACCAAUUUACCAGAUCCCCCGCACGUUUGACAAGAACCACAACGCCCUGAUGCCGUCCAAUGCUGACUCCACAAGCGUGCCUCCUCCAAGACCUCCAAAACCAAGCCAGGGCUCGGAGUCACGGUGGGGUGGCACGCUGCCCACGGGGGCUCAGAACGGAGAGGUGUCCACAGCGUCCGUCAUACCCAGGAGAAACACCCUGCCAGCAGUGGAGAACAUCAAACUUCAUAGAGGAUCCUCGUUUGAAACCAGCAGUCACCAGAGGCCAGUCUAUUUUAACAACUCUGGUCAGUCGGUGGAGUCUGUAUACGAUGGAUUCAGUUCUUACCUGAGAACUAAAGCCCCAUUGACCCGCUCUGAUAGUGCCGGCUCUGAUGAUAACUAUGUACCCAUGAAUCCCGGCUCGUCCUCCUCCCCUCUCAGUGCUGCCCUGGCUGACAGUCCCAAAAAUAACUAUAUUCCCAUGAGCCCAGGUCCUCACCAUUUUGAUUUCCCAGGUUUCUCGGCAACAUUACCGGCCAGGAAGGGUAGUACAGCAUCAUUGUGUCUCCGACCGGGGCGUCUCAGCGACGUCACACCACCACCAAUCAACCGCAACCUGAAACCAAGGACAGCAAAACCAACACCUCUCGAUUUGAGGAACAAUGGCAUCAUUGAUGAGCUUCCUUUCAAGAGUCCUAUUACCAUGUCUUGGACAAGGCCAAUGCCUAUGAACUCCAUCUCGUCACAGCACUGUCGACCCAUCUCAACCCAGAGCAUCACCAGCACUGAUUCUGCAGACAGUGAGGAGAACUAUGUGGCAAUGCAAAACCCAGUCUCUACCUCCCCAGCGAUGAGUGGUACCAGCAGUCCUGCACCGAGGAAUUGUGGUAAUGUGGACUAUCUGGCUCUGGACUUUCAGCCUGGUUCUCCUGGUCCACACAGAAAGCCGUCCACCUCUUCAGUCACCUCAGAUGAAAAAGUGGACUAUGUGCAAGUGGACAAAGAGAAGACGCAGGCCCUCCAGAACACCAUGCAGGAGUGGACAGAUGUGCGACAGUCAAGCGAACCGGCUAAAGGCAUCAAGUCCUGAUGACGUUCAACUGUCUACAUUAAAUGUGUUCCUUACUGUCAGUCCAAAUGCUCUUAUACAGUUACACGCUGAUAGAAACUGGGACAAAAUAGCGAAUGAUGCAGCAACUAAAGCCAUGAAUCCAACUAACUCCUUUAAAGGACUAAAAUCCCUCAGCCUCCUGGACUGUGAUGCUAUGCAUGUUAGAGACAUGUUUAACUUCAAAGUUCAGUGCGACAAAAUUUUAGCUACUUGCUCUUUCUGAGAGUGAGCGACUUCUUCUGUGGUAUGUUGAAAAUCAUAAUCUAGUUAAUAGUAAUGUGUGCAAUUUUUUUAUGUGAAAUACUUUCUUCAGCUUAAAAGUCAAAGAGAACCAAGUAAGCCAUUUGAUCCUCCCUGAAAACUGUAAACACUGUGACUGUUUGAAAACAUUGCUCUGUUUGUUUGAGCAUCCCGGCUAGCCUGGCAUGGCAACACAGCUCAGCCAAUGGCAUGAGUUUGGGGGGGACUAUUUAACCAAUGACGUACAAGAAGAGCAUUCAGGAAACCUGUUUGACACUCAGUACUGUUACAAAUCUAUUUGGUGGCACUAGUUAGGCAGAUAUGCCACUUUAACAGUGUUAUAAGGGCAGAAUAGCACAUCAUGCAAAUGCUUUUCUGAAGUAACUAUGGUCUGCCUACCAACUUGAAUCGCAAUUUAUUAGGAGAGAUGGUCGUUUUUCAAUAACAACUAAGCAAUGCAGGAAUGCUUGUAAAAAAAAUUCUUAUAGGUGUUGAGUUAAUAACUUCAGACAUUGGGUCACAAUCAUUAAACAUGCAUACGUACAGAUUUUUGCAAAACGUGCACAGCAGUGAGAAAAAAUCUAAUUCAUUCAUUGGAAGAUUAUCAUCAACACUAACAUAGUGCAUUGCGCCAAAGUCCCUUUAAGGCAGGGAUGUCAAACUCAAUUACUGGAGGGCCACAGGCCUACACAGUUUAGUUCUAACCCUGCUUCAAUACAAUUACUAGUAGGUUUCAAAUAAGCCUGACCAGGUGUGUUUAAUUAGGGUUGGAACUAAACUGUGCAGGUCUGCGGCCCUCCAGGAAUUGAGCUUAACAUCCUUGCUUUAAGGCAAGUCAUUUCACUCGGCGGCCAUCUUUGAAACACCUCUCGGGCAGUAUGCUCGGGCGUUCUGUUUGAAUGGGGAAUCAUCAAAUUCUCCAUGAUUGCUUGCCAAGCUUACGAUUAAAUUUAAUUUUUGGAGUCACUAAUCAAGUUAAAACAACAACUGAGUCUUUAGUUUAAUUUCUGAACAUUUAAGUCACACAAAAUCUGCAGAAACUCAUGUCUGGACUGAGCCUCUCACCUGGAGAACCUGAAGAAGUCUAUAGCGGUCCAUGAUUGGUCUCUUUACUAGAAGGUCAGGCUUCAUAUGCCAUAAUGACUGUUACACUUUUCUCCAUUCAAAACUAUAGGAGUGACACAUCUUGUGCAUUCUAUAGUCUACGCUCAACUUCAGUACGAAUGAAUUGAAAGCGCUCAUUCCACUACACUCACAAAGUGCCAGUGGAAACACAAUGUAAAGUCAGAGGUCGUCUUUACAGAGAGCGCAGAUGUUUGCUGAGAGUGACAAACGGCUGUUCAAUCGCUUUAGGUUUCCCUAUUCCUUACUGAUUUAUGCAACUUUUUUCUUGCUUUAAUCUCUGCUAGCAAAACCUCACAUUAAUUAUUGUUUAAGUUUUUUUCUUUCUCUAGAGCAGUGGUUUUAAACUCGGUCCAGGAGGUCCAGUGUCCUGCAGAUUUUAGCUCCAACUUGUUUUGUCCAACAGUUUUGCUUCAAGCCUGACCAAACAUAGCUGAUCUAUCUAAUUAAGGUGUUCAUACACAAUUAUUUCAAUUAGCUGUAUUUGAUAGGGUUAAAGCAAAACUGUGCAGAGCCGUGACCCUCCAGGAAUUGAGUUUGAGCCCUUUGCUUAUGUGGAGCUGGUUACUGCGUGUUCUAUUUAAAUGACUAAUCUCGCGCACACAGCCACUUAUUUAAAACACUGCAAAUUCACUAUUUUAAGAACAAGCUUAUGUAUAUACACAAUAACAAGUGAUUAGUUGAUUAAAAAAAAUAAUAAACAAGGCCUUAACACAAUUAAGUAAAUAAACUAUGUACAUAGUUAUGAAAAUUAAGUGAACUUAAUAGUUCUAAGUUGGAACAGAAAUACUUAAUAUUUAAGGCAAUGGCCUUACUCAUUUUUUAAAGUAUUUUCACAGUAUGUAUAUAUAUUUUGUGAAUUAGAUGGAAAGUUUUCAUGAGAAGUUCAAAUGUGCACAUCAACACAAAAACGUAUGCAUUUAUUAGUGAAUGAGGCCCAGUGUCCUAACAUAGCAUAACAUUUCUUCAUAAUUUUUCCCUCUAUUGCUUUGCUAAAAUUGGAAAAUGACCAUGGCUGCACCUGAAAUCGCAUACUAUCAUACUAUAUAGUACAUUAAGAACAGUAUGACAGCCAAGUGGUAUGUUCAAACUCAGAGUAUUCGAAAAACAGUAUAUGAUGACCUAUCUCCAGCAAGAUUCUGAAGUACACAUCUGAUGGACGCUUCGCUAUACCAUAAUGCACCAUGAGAGAAUACUAUAUAGAACGUACUUUUCUAAAGGUCGUGUAGUAGGGCUGGGCUGAUACGAUAUUGUUGUGAAUAAAGAUAAAAUUCAUGUCAAUAACAAUAAUAAGCUCUGGACUUUUUAUAUAUACUCUAUAUUGAUCUAAGAGCCAAUCCCACAGCAGAAAUGUCCAACAAUAGGACUCUAAAAGUGUGUUGAUAUUAGAGAUGUACUUAAUUUUUUGCCCACCGAAAUUACGUUACGCCAUUUAAUUGACCCUCUAAUUUUUGUGGCUUCAGACAUUGUUAGGAUACUCUUUUAAAUAUGAAAGCAUUAAAUAUCAAAAUAUAUACAGUUAUCGUUCAGUAUUUAAAAUAAUUAUCGAGAUUGCAUUUUUUGCCAUAUCGCCCAGCCCUAUCGUGUAGUAAAUUCAAAUGUAGUACCUACUAGAGUAGUAGGUGAUUUUGGACGCAGCCCCUCUCUCUUAAACCAAACUCAGAUUAAUAAUAUGUGUGCAUCAUGCAAUGUAAAUGCAAAGCUAACAAGCAGCAAGAAAAGUUUGACUUCAUAUGGUCUCUAGAAAGAUAGUUCACUCAAAAAUGAAAAUUCUGUCACCUCAAACUUGUCUAGCACUUUAAGCAGGUGGUUUUUAUACAUACUUAUUUAAAAUAAAAAUAAAAAAUUAAUACCAUAACACCUUAAAGGGACAGUUCACCCAGAAAUGAAUAUUCAGCCAUUCAUUUUCUUACCCUUGACUUGUUCUAGCCUGUAUGAGACUUACUCUUCUGCUGAACACUUAAGAUGCAAUAUUUUGAAAUUGAUAGGAGAAAAUCAAUCCUAUGGACAUCAGAGAUUAUCAUCGACUGUUUGGUUACUACGAUUCUCAUUUUGUAUUAAGCAGAAGAAAGAAAAUGAGAUUAUACAGGUUUAAUUCAUUCUGGUGAACUAUUUCACCUGGCAAAAAUCUGAAAAGAAAUAUGAUAACAUUUAAAAAUGAAAAACAAAAAUUAAGGUCUAUCGGCCAUUGGUGAUGACUUCGUCUAUCGAUCCAACCCUAAUCUGAUCUCAACAUUAGUGUUUAGUUUUACAGAACGAAAAGUUAAAGUCACAGCAUUUAGAUUUGUAAACAUGCAAAAAAAAAAAUUAUAAUAAUUCCAAGCUAAUACUUUUUUUUCAUAUUGAGUGAACUAUUUAUCAAAUCAGACUGGUUACAGAUCCACCUAAACGUGUGCUGAGAGAUCAUUGAAGGUGAUUUUUAUGUGCAUAUUGUCAGUAAAGCUGGUUCUAAUUCUCCAGCAUGUGCUUUCAGUUUCAAUAGAGUUUACUACACAGUGCCAUUGUGCACUGACAAGAUACGCAAAAACACAUUCAAAACAGAAUUGGAAAAUAGAUUUGAAGAUAAUUUUUCUGUGAUGAUGACAGCUGUUUGUGUAGCUUUUUGGUGAACCAAGACUGCGCAGUAAAUGCUGCUAUAUCUGAAAGCAAUUGAAAAAAAACACCCAUAAUUUUUUUUUUUUACUUGAAACUCAUAACUCAGUCAAGGGAUUAAAAUAAAUCCAUUCUCUAGUCGUGUGUUUAUAGAUCACGAUGAAUCCAUAAAAGUAGUUAACUAUUCUGUUUAUAAUGGGGGUUUCCUGGGUUUCUUUUUCAUGGGUAUUUGCAGUUUUGUGCAAGAGUGCGCUCUGGUCUUCAGAGUAAAUCUACUACUGAAUACACAACCAUGCUUUCCUGGCAAGAUGUGCAGUUUUGCUCAGUUUACUUAAAUGCUCCUAACCUAAAUUAUGGACUUUGUAAUAUGGCAGAACAUAUUAAUCAAAAACAUAUGUCUCCCUUAAGCUUGACAGAUAUUCACUUUAAACCAUUCAAUGCCUUUACUUUGCAUGCAGUCUGAAUAGGGAUAAUGUGACGAUCUUACCCUAAAAUGCAAAUGGCUUCCCUGGCUGUUAAUACAGAACAGGUAACAGCAAACCUACAUAUACAAAAUGAACAAUAACCGCUCUAUUCAUAAACGAAUAAACAAGUACUGUUCGUUAACGCUUCAAGCUAAUGUGUUUGUCAGAGGGACUGUAUGGAGAUUCAGCAUUUUAAAUUUAUAAUUAAUACAUUUCAAUUAUUUUACAAAACAAAAAUAAAACUGUUUUUAGUUCUAGUCAAAUUCUUGUGGAAAAGAAAAUAAAAAGCUUAAAGGGAUAGUUCACCUAAAAAUGAAAACACUCACCCUUAAGUGUAUUCCAAUCUGUUGAGCACAGAAGAAGAUUUUCUAAAAAUGAUGGAAACUGGUAGCCAUUAAUUCCAUAGUAGAACAUUUUUUAAUUAUCUUUAAAUUAUUUUCUUUUGUGUUCAACAGAAGAAAGAAACUCUUGGAACAAGGUGAGGGCUAGUAAAUAAUUUAAAUUUUGGGGGAACUAUGACAUUAAGGGGCGUUCACGUGCCACAUCGAAAGCGUAUGUCAGUCAUGCAUAUUUUUUAUUUUUAUUUUUUGUAUUUUUUAUUAUUAACUACUGGUCUAAAAUGCUUAGUACAAGUACCAAGUAAACUGGGAGAAUUUUAACGAUGUCGAAUUCUGUAUGUGAAACUUUUUAGAGAACUGUUGUUAUGUAAAUGCGCUGACAGGAGCAUGCUGUUUAUAAUAAAGGUCACAGGAAUUAACCCCUUCAGACCCUGCGUCCAUUACAAUGGACAUCACAUGACAUACCAUUUUUCUGAAAUUUGGAACAUAAUUCAGGUCUGAAGGGGUUAAAACAGAAGGGGCACAUAAAUCCUUAUAUUUCAAUCUGUGUUUUCUCAAGCUUUAAGGAUUUUUAAAAAGCCAUAUUUAUUUCAUGAUAGGCCAUUAUAAAUGUUCGCUCAAAAGGACUGUAGGAUUUGUCAUUUCAUUCAGUAUUUUAAGGUGGGCUGGGACCUCCGAAUACUCCAUUUCUAGCAGUUUGGGAGCUUUUUUGCCUUUGAACUCCACAUCAUUUCAUAUUCCAAAACCAUUUUGUAUUAAGUUAGCCUAACCUUUACAUACAAGGUCGUGAGCGGUCUGGACUUGUAAAAUAGACCUUGCGUAUAGAUUGUCUGUUAGAUCUGAAUGUGUUGAGUGGAUUAUUUAAAAAUGUGCUUUUUAAGACUGCCAUUAUUUUACGAUGUGAAACUGUGGGACAUUUAUCAGCACUGGUGUUGGUUCAUAGAUAAAGUGGACCAAACGGGCUGAAAUUGGUUUCCUAAUGUCUUUUUUCUAUUCUGAAAAUAUGUAAUGUAUUGUAAUGGCAGAGUACUAGUAGAUGAAUAUAAUACUUGUGUGUGAGCUGUAGUAGAACUUAUGCUGUAGUUUGUUGAGAGGCAGAAACGAGGAGGUAAAAAAAAACUACUUGGACAAAUGUCAUUAAUUGAGUGGAUUUUCCUGUAAAGUAUUUCUGUUCAACUCUUGGUCGCUUUGUGAAUUAAUUUAUUAAUUUAUUACGUGUUUUGCAGGUGGACGAACGAUGUACAAAGAAUGAACUUGUGGCUCUACUAACAUUAAUUUAUGCUCUGUGUGCUGAUUUUGUGAAGCAAUAUGCAAAGCAAAGCCAGUAAAAUGGUCAAAUGUGGUACAUUUGAGAUGUCUGUCCUUUGUGAUGUUUGUGAUAUUAUACUUGCAUAAAAAUAAAUUCAACUGCUAACAAAACAAAAUAAACAUUUGAAUGAAA